CGGCAAUAAACCAAAAUGGCAAUAACCAGAACGGCAAUGAUAAAGUACCAAAACGGCAACAGACCCAACGGCAAUGACAAGAGCAAGCGCCACCGGGCAUGGCCAACAGAGCGGUGUAUUGGAGAAAGUAGACCCGCAUUCUCUGAUGUCAUUACUCAGCAUCUGUAUUCGUGGGUACACUGGUUAUCAGUCCUCCAGCGUGUAAAAAUAAUAGAUUUAUGUUCCACAAUGUCACAUGAGAAGCUUGAGUCUCUUAAGAAACUACGAAUAAAUGCUUUGAAAGAAAUGUGUCGAGAUGCUAAUUUAAAAGUGUCGGGAACAAAAGGCCAACUUUUGAUGCGUCUUUGUGGAUUAGAGAAAGAAAAAACGACGACCAGAUUGUCGGUGAAAGGGGUUAACAAAUGGCUUGAGAAACAAGGUGUGGAAAACAUUGACACUGUCAGCAAUUGUCUUCGUGCAGGUAUCCAGAAGGGUUACAUUGACAUCAGUGGAGAGACCCCACUAGACAACAUAGUCAUUGAAGACAUGUGCUAUCUCUGCGAACAUGAUGUCAAAGUCACCAUCCGUGAUCUCCUCUACCAACAGGAUUAUGCAGGAAUGGACUAUGAGGAAGGUGGCGAGGAAGCAACCGUGAAAUGUCCGAACGAUGAUUGUGAACUAGUGGGCAUGUACGUAACAGGAAUGUGCUGUGGUUCAGUGAAUAUCGACUCUGGCAAAGGACACAACCAUUGCACUGUUUGCCCGCGCUUCGGCAAGUGCAUCGGGGACUAUCGUGAGGAGCACUGUAACUCUUGUGGUAAACAUUUCUUCGCUGGAUCAGGAGGACAAUUCAAAUGCCCUUGCCGAGGACCUGGCUCUGAUAAUGACAGUUAUGAUGGCGCAUUUUUCUUUUUUUAGCUGCCAUGCAUAGUGCAUACCCUGUUCUGUACAUUAUAUACUGUACACAACGUUUUUACAUGUUAUUGUUAACACAUGUAUUUGCAAACUUGAGUUGCCUUUUCAAGUGUUUUUCUUGUUUAUCUUAGCAGUCACUUUUAUUAUAUAUAGAUUAUUGUUCUUUUAACAGACCAAAAUAACUGUAUGGUCGUUUUAUAAGAUAUACUGUGCACUAGAUUUAAUUAAACGCAGUGCGUUUGAAGAGUACAGAACUUUUUGGCGUUUUUUACAAAUUAAAUAUUGAGUUUGAUACAAAA